GUUGGAAUUUGGUGUUUUUCAACACGUGUUGAAUUCACCAGAUUUCACUACUUUUCAAUUUCAUACACUGAUUUUCUCACACAAAAAAGGACAGAUUUGCAUUGUGCUAAGCAGAUAUGUAUAUGUUCUGACCCACAGGAAAAAUGAGCAGCAGUGUGGACAGUGGGGUGGAGGUCCAUGGUGGCAGCAGUAUUGCCACUACGGUAAUAAUAAGCUGUACAGACACCGAGUAUAGCUCAUCAGGAGAGGAGGGACCCCCAAAUGUUCCUCCUCCUCCUCUUCCCCCAGUAGCUCCACCUUCACCUCCACCACCGCCGCCGCUGCCCUCCCCAGUACAUCGUCCUGCUCCUCAGGAAGAGCAUGAAGAAGAUGUAAUGUAUAGAUUUAUUGUGCCCUCUAUAACUAUGUAGUGUAUUUGUGAACGUUUUGUGCAUUU